UGAAUGUCAUUUGCCACUGAUGUCAUUGUGAUUUUGAAGUUUAUUUUUUAUAAAUUUUGUCAGCUGUUCUAUGGUGACGCUGUACGCCAUUUUAGGAAGAGAUUCAUUGAAGAAUCCUCAGUUAUCGUUGCCAUCCAAGUCGAAAAAUCUUCAAGAAUCAUGACGACUGGAAUGCCGGAGCUAGGCUCCAAGAUAAGUCUGAUAUCGAAGGCUGAUAUUCGUUAUGAGGGACGAUUAUUCACAGUUGAUCCACAAGAAUGUACUAUAGCUUUGGCGUCCGUACGUUCCUUCGGCACAGAAGACCGGGAAACCCAGUACCCGGUCCCGGCUCAAAACCAAGUGUACGACUACAUCCUCUUCCGCGGCUCCGACAUCAAAGACAUCCGCGUCAUCAACAAUGUCGCCCAUCCGCAGCCGCUCAACGAUCCGGCCAUCAUGCAACUGUCCGUGCCGCCCACCUUGGGCGGUCAGACCUUCCAGGCGCACCCCGUGCUAGGCCCCAUGGGUCCCCAGAUGGGCCAGUUCGGCGGGGCGUAUGGCGCCAUCGGGGCGGCCAUGGGCGGCCUCGGGGCAGGCAUGGGGCCCGGCCUGGGCAGCAUGCAGCGGGACUCGAGAGGGAUGGGCAACUCCAAAGCAAGUGAGUUGAUUAUGGGCGGACCUGCCGCUCCCGGCGUUCUGUCGCCACCUAUCGAGCCCCCCGCGCAAGUCAAUCACGCCUCAGUUCUAGACCUCAUCGGCGGCGGCGGCGGCGGCUCGAGGAGCACGACGCCCGUGAGCGUCGGCUCGCGCAAGUCGCCCACCGCCGACCAGGGCGUGCAGGCGGGGGGCGGCGGAGGUGGCCCCAGGGAGGACAAGAAGGUGGUGAGGCCGAUCCAGCCGCCCGGGCAGCAGCAGCAGCGGAACGGGCAGAGUCAGGCGGGGCAGGGCCAGCAGCAGAGGAGGAAGUCGAGGGAGAGGCGGGGAUCGUCGAAGGAUAGGGAUGAGAACAACAGAUCGGUAGGCAACCGCUCCCAUCAGCAAAACAAUCAGGGUUAUCAUCAAAAUAAUCAUGGGUAUCACCACCAAAACUCUCAGGGAGGCUACCACCAGAACUCUCAGGGAUAUCCACAAAACAAUCAGGGCUACCAACAGCAACACCAAGGCUACAACUCUAACUACAGAAUGGAGCAGCAGCAGCACAACCAGUCCGGCUCGAGAGGCAACUGGGCGAACAGGGGCGGCCAGCAGAUGCGGCCGAGGGGCAGGCCGCGAGGCGGCGGCUUCAGGAACAAUGGCCCCAAUCAGGGGGGCAACGGCGGCGGCAACCGGCCGAGGAACACGCUGAAGUUCGAGAACGACUACGACUUCGAGCAGGCCAACACGGAGUUUGAGGAGUUGAGAAGUCAGUUGGUCAAGGUGAAAAUCGACGAGGCGAGCAGUACGGCGAGCGCGAAAAGCGGCGACACGAACGGCGUCGUCGUCGUCGACGUCGACAGCAAGAAGGACGACUCGGGCAACGAGACGGGCGCCGGCGACACCGAGCAGGAGGAGGAGCACGAGUCGUUCUACGACAAGAAGAAGUCCUUCUUCGACAUGAUAUCGUGCGAGGCGGUGGAGAGGGCGAAAGGCAAGUCGCAGAGGACGGAUUGGCGGGUGGAGAGGAAGCUGAAUUCGGAGACGUUCGGAGUGUCGUCGACGAGGAGGGGACAUUACAGGGGUCGCGGAGGUUACCGAGGCAUGGGCUACCGAGGAGGCUACAGGCAGAACAACUACAGGCAACCGCAACGCAACAACAGGGACCAGCAGCAGCAACAACAGCAACAGUCGUCAUCGUCGACGACUGCCCCUCAGCAACAACAACAAGGUAAUACUUCGACAGAACAACAACACGAGAAACAGGAAGUCGCGGAAAUUAAGUCAGGCACGGAAAUCGCCCUAAUAACAAAGCAGGCGUCGAUUAAUGACGAGGUCGCUUCCGUUGACGCGUUGGAAGAUGCGCCUAGUCAGGCGUGCGAACUGAAGAACAUACCAGAACCUGUAAUGUAAAAUAGAAGAUAUGCCAAGAAGAAAACCUGACAUCAACCAGAUGAAACUGUAUUGUUAGGACAGUGUGAAGUUUUAGUGAUCUGUGAUUUAUUGAAAAAAUUGUAUAACGAGGACACAUGGCAGGUUGCAUAGGUGUUACAUCAGAGAAAUAAAAAAAUAUUCUUAUAUUUCUGACGACUGUAGCGAAAAAUUCCAAUUAUAAUCUAAAGAUCUAAAGUAAAAUAGGACUUGUAAUGUGUGGUAGGUUGUAUAGGAUGUUGCUGUAGGAAACAGAGUAAGCAUUGACAAAUUUGCUGGUUUAAAUUUGUGAUCUCAUCUGGAGAAUAUUUAAUGAAUAAUUAGAAUUCGAGAUAUGAGAAUAUCAUUCUGUCUCCUAACGUUAGCAUACCAAAACUUAAUGUAAGGUUAUGUGGCAAAUAUACUCUUACAGUUGACAGAUCUUGAGAUUUGUAAAGCAAUCUGUUUGAGCGUAGCUUGAAACAUAACCAAAAUUCAAGGUCAGUCCUUUUUUCAUUUAUCAAUAACUCCUAUUAUGAAUGUAUUUGAAAUUGGCUGAAAUGACACUCAAAGGCUAAGUAACACCAAUAGAAAUAAUGGUUUGUGGUUGAAAAAAGAACUAAUUUUUGCCAAAGUUCAAUUUUUUUCAUUGUUAUGAGAAUUGACAAAUAUUGUAUACUGACGAGUUCUUGAAUAUUUGUUAGCACAAAAUAAAAUAAUAUUGGAAAGUUGCAAGGUUAUUUGGGUAAAACUGCAUUUUUGGAUGUUUUUGAAUUGGGUAAAAAAUUCUUUUUGUUUAUUUUUCUUUAAUUUUUGCGUUUUUUGUUUGGUUGGGUUGGUGCUUACAAAUAUUCAAUCUUGAAAAUUACAAGAUUCCAUCUGUUGGUGGGUCAGUAUUGUAAACGAGUUGGUCCCAAAUUAUUUAUGUAUAUUCUCCAUUGAACUUUAUAUUGUAGCUUUAUAUUUCCAUAAGAGAGAUUUUUCAUUUUUUAUUGUGUGAAUGGCAUUUUAACUUAUGAGGUGAUUAAAUUAUUGAGUUCAAAUAGAAUGUUUUUCCACAUGAUUUGUUGUAAACUUGAUAACUAUUGUUGAUAUAGACUUUUCUAUUAAGUAAUUUGAAAUAAAAAUAUUUACAGUAGUUUUUUUUUAUACUUUCGAA